GAGCGACUUUCAAACUCGCGCCCGCGUCGCGGCCGCACCUGGGCAGCCUCUCGCGCCGAGCGUGCCGGACCCAGCGGGGCGGCGACCGUGCGGUGAGUGGCCCUCGCUUCUCCCCUCUCCCUCCGCCAGUGGCAGCGCCUAGAGCCCCUCCGAGACCCCCUCCUCCCCACUCCCGGGCCCUCGCUCCAGCCCCCCGCGGGGUGAGGACUCGGGGCGGCUGAGGAGGGCCCGGGGCCGCGUUGGCGCCUUCCAAGGCGACCUCCCGGCAGAGGACCGGAGCGCGGGAGGCUCGUGCACGGAGACAUUUUCUGUCCUGUAGCCCCCACCCCGGAAACAAAAGGAGCGAGCGCGCCAGGUGGCUCCGGGAGGCCCCGUUUGAAAGUGGGGAAGCCCGCGAGGUUGCGCCCACCGGCUCCCCCUGCGCGCUAGGUCGCCCUAGGGCUGGCCCUUGCCUCGGACUGUGGGCCCCGGGCCGGGUGGACCCUUUUGCGGAAUGACCCCAACCUCUGGUCCAGGGAGCCCAAGGGGCGCCAGCAGCCUGUUCCGGGUUGGUGCCACACGGUGCUCGCUCUUGGGAAUCUCUCCUCCUGUACUGAAGGGAUUAGAGGGGGUGCCAGAAAUGAGGUGUCGGGAGCCGAAGGCAUAGAAGCCACUGGCUGCCACUGUCUACCUCGACCUCACCCACUCCUGAAAUCUGUUUGGUUAAUUUUCUCUCUUCUCAGCUCUUUGGUUUGGAAAGCUAGGAUAAGACGUGCAAACUUGAAAUUUCAGGACAUUUUUCGGUAGCUACUUUUACUCCUUGGCGCUGCUUUUGAAAACAAAAGGAAGAACGGAGUGGGAAAUGUGCUGGUAGGAGGCUGGAGAGGUGUGGCCCCGGAGUGGGGGUGGGGAGGCGGUCUCAGUGGCCACGGCAAGGGUUUCAUUCUUGAGGCCAUUUGCUAAACUGUUGGCUGAUGAAGGAGGCUGUCUUCUGCUCCGGAGCCCCUCGUGAGGCGACUCAGACUGCAUCAUACUACAUUGAACCCUAGACUGGGGGUUCCCAGAGUCUCCCCAGCCCUGCCUCUUCAUGCAGCCCAAUCACAUCGACCUUGCUUAAGAAAUAAAUCUCUCUGGAGUGCCCUCUCCAGGCAGCGAUGCCAGGAUGCCUGUCUCUGCCUCUCUCCGCCAAGAGCGCAGCCAGGAGCGGCCAGUGAGCCUGACCUCCACCACCUCCUCGUCGGGUUCAUCCCGUGACAGCCGCGGUGCCAUGGAGGAUCCCAGUGGCUCCGAGGCUUCUGCUGAGAACGGGGCAGGCUCCCCGCGCAGCCGGCAUCCCCCCAACGGCAACCCCAACUCCAGCGGCUGGCUGAGCGUGAGGGGGCCCCUGUCUCCAUUCAGCAGCCGGGCCCCGGCGGCCCCAGCACAUAAGCUCAGCUACCUGGGCCGAGUGGUGCGGGAGAUCGUGGAGACGGAGCGGAUGUAUGUGCAGGACCUGCGCAGCAUCGUGGAGGACUACCUCUUGAAGAUCAUUGACACGCCUGGGCUGCUGAAGCCAGAACAAGUCAGCGCCCUCUUUGGGAACAUAGAAAACAUCUAUGCACUGAACAGCCAGCUACUCAGAGACCUGGACGGCUGCAAUAGUGACCCUGUGGCUGUGGCCAGCUGCUUUGUGGAAAGGAGCCAAGAGUUUGAUAUCUACACCCAGUAUUGCAACAACUACCCCAACUCAGUGGCUGCCCUAACCGAGUGCAUGCGGGACAAGCAACAGGCCAAGUUCUUUCGGGACCGGCAGGAGCUGCUACAGCACUCUCUGCCCUUGGGCUCCUACUUGCUGAAGCCCGUCCAGCGCAUCCUCAAGUACCACCUGCUGCUCCAGGAAAUCGCCAAACAUUUUGAUGAAGAAGAAGAUGGCUUCGAGGUGGUGGAGGAUGCCAUUGACACCAUGACCUGCGUGGCCUGGUACAUCAAUGACAUGAAGAGGAGGCACGAGCAUGCAGUCCGGCUCCAGGAGAUUCAGUCACUGCUCAUCAAUUGGAAGGGACCAGACCUGACCAUCUACGGGGAGCUCGUCCUGGAGGGCACGUUCCGCGUGCACCGCGUGCGCAACGAGAGAACCUUCUUCCUCUUUGACAAAGCUCUGCUCAUCACCAAGAAGCGAGGCGAUCACUUUGUCUACAAGAGUCAUAUCCCGUGCUCCUCCCUGAUGCUGAUCGAAAGCACCAGAGACUCCCUGUGCUUCACCGUCACCCACUAUAAGCACAGCAAGCAGCAGUACAACAUCCAGGCCAAGACAGUGGAGGAGAAACGGAGCUGGACUCACCACAUCAAGAGGCUCAUCCUGGAGAACCACCACACCACUAUCCCCCAGAAGGCCAAGGAAGCCAUCUUGGAAAUGGACUCCUACUAUCCCAGUCGGUACCGCUGCAGCCCGGAGCGCCUGAAGAAGGCUUGGUCCUCCCAGGACGAAGUGUCCACCCACGUGCGGCAGGGGCGCCGGCAGUCUGAGCCCGGUCAGCCCCUGUUCAGCCGGGCAUCACUCCCCAGCGGGCAGCGAGGCUUCACGGAGCCAGGCCUUAAGGGCCGUAGGAAGUCGGAGCCCACCAGACACCUGCUCAGGCAACUCAGUGAGAAAGCAGGCGGAACAGCAGGAAUGAAGGUAAGGCCGAUGGGCAGAGAGGACUGGCCUGACGGAGGGGGGGUGGGGCUGCCGGGUCAGCGCCCCCGCCCCUUCAGCUCUCACUGUCUUCAUGCAUUCCAUAAAUACCUAUCGAGCACCUCCUGUGUGGUGGCCUCUGUCUUGAGAGUCACAGAGACGAAUAAGCCAUGGCCCUUGCCCUGGGGACCCUUCUGUACCCUUUUCCUGGAAUGGUACCCUGGUGGUGGCCCAGCCUGGAUCUUCUCCAUUUUCUCUCUCUGGGGCAGGCAGACCUCACUGGGUCUUGAGUUCCUGACCAGGCUCCAGGUCCCAGCCUUCCACCUUGAGGAACCCCACCCCCACCCUCACUGGGCCCUGGUGGACACCAGGGGUUGGGUGUUUAAGUGUGGCUUUCUCUGGGUAAAGCCUCCCCACCCCAGCCGCUGGCAGGAGGAGGGGGCUUGCCCAGAGGCUGGUCACGAGGGGGUCUUGUGCUCUGAACAGCAUGCAGGCAGUGCCGGCGCUCUCCUGGACUUUGGGCGGCCUCCUCGUGCUCAGGGCAUACAGCCAGAGGCUGAAGGGGCUGCCCGGGAGGAGCAGGAGGAGGAGGAGGAGGAAGAGGAGGAGGAGGAGGAGGAGGUGGUGGAGGAGGAGGAGGAGGAGGAGGAGGAGGAGCAGGCCUUUCAGGUGUCUCUGGAAGACUUGGCAGGGCAUGAAGGCAGCGAGAAGGGGGCCAGGCUGGAGCCCCAAGGCUCGGAGGAGGAGGAGGAGGAGAGCCUGGCAGUGGCGGAGCAGGUAGCCGACUUUGCCAGCUCCCUGCUGGCCGCCCUCCACUGCUGGCACUAUCGGGCCAACGCUUUACUUUUCUCCCGGGGCGCUAUGGAGAAGGGGCGUAGGGAGUCUGAAGGCCCCAAGAGCCGCAGAAGGCCCGGCGGCCGGUCUCCCACUAGUGCUGAGAAGCGCAUGAGCUUUGAGUCCACCUCUUCGCUGCCAGAGGUUGAGCCAGACCCUGAGCCUGAGACAGAGCAGGAAGUAUUUGCUGCUGUGGAAGGUGCCAGCAUCGAGGAGGUGCCCUCAGACAUGGAGUCUCCAGAAGUCCUGGAAACACAGCUUGAUGCCCACCAGGAGCUGCUGGGGAUGGCCCCCCCGGGUGACAUGGUGGACUUUGUGGUGGCUGAGAGCACCGAGGACCUUAAGACUCUGAGCAGUGAGGAGGAGGAGGAGGAGGAGGAGGAGGACGUGGGUGCCACGCAGGAGCCCGAGAGCCUCCUGCCGCCCUCUGUGCUGGACCAGGCCAGCAUCAUUGCCGAGCGCUUCGUCAGCAGCUUCUCUCGGCGGAGCAGCCUGGCCCAGGAGGAUGGCAAGGCCAGCGGCUUUGGGAGCCCGAGGCUGACAAGCCGGAGCAGCAGCGUGCUCAGCCUAGAGGGCAGCGAGAAGGGCUCGGCCCGGCGUGGCAGCACCACCGACGCCCUAGGCUUGCAGCCGCCCCCAGAGGUGGACAGUGGUGUGGGCGUGGCCACGGAGAGCAGCCCUUCGGUCAACGGGACGGAGCCCCCGAGUCCAGGCUGCCCUGCAGAGCCCGACAGGUCUUCCUGUAAGAAGAAGGAAUCGGCACUCUCCACCCGAGACCGGCUGUUGCUGGACAAGAUCAAGAGCUACUAUGAGAACGCGGAGCACCAUGACGCGGGCUUUAGCAUCCGACGCCGAGAGAGCCUCUCCUACAUCCCCAAAGGGCUGGUGAGGAACUCCGUUUCCAGAUUCAACAGCCUUCCCAGGCAGGACCCAGAGCCCACGGCUCCGCUGGGGCACAGGAGGCAGGUGGGCUCCCGGCCGGCUUCGUGGGCUAUGUUUGACCUCCCAGGCCCCAGCCAGGCGAGCGCUGGGGAGCCGGCUCCUAUCACAGAUGCUGAGUUCAGGCCGUCUUCAGAAAUUGUAAAGAUCUGGGAGGGAAUGGAGUCUCCCGGGGAGAGCUCUCACAAGGGGCCUGGCCAAGGCCAGGCCAAUGGUUUUGACCUGCACGAACCGCUCUUCAUCCUGGAGGAGCACGAACUGGGGGCCAUCACUGAGGAGUCGGCCGCUGCCUCCCCUGAGAGUGCCUCCCCCACGGAGCGGCCCAGCCCGGCCCACCUGGCCCGGGAGCUGAAGGAGCUCGUGAAGGAGCUGAGUGGCGACGUCCAGGGGGAGCUGGUGGCUCCACUGCACCCGCGCAUCGUCCAGCUCUCCCACGUGAUGGAUGGCCGCGUGAGCGAGCGAGUCAAGAACAAGGUCUACCAGCUGGCCCGCCAGUACAGCCUGCGGAUCAAGAGCAAAUCUGUGCCAGCCAGGCCACCACUCCAGUGGGGAAAGGCGGCUCCCACCAUUCCCUGCCUGCCGGAGGAGGCUGGAGCGCCCUCGGGUGGCAAAGGUAAGAGAAAGCCGGUGCUGUCCCUCCUCAACGAUGAGCAGACGGUGGCCCCGGAGCAUAGCCCGCCCAAGCCCUGCUCUCCUCGGCAUUGCUCCUUCAGCCCCACCGCUGCCAGCCCGAGGACCACCUCGCCUGGGGUCCGGCCCUCCUCUCGAAGCCCCCUCAGCCCCUUCGACACUGAGACCUUCAACUGGCCUGACGUCCGAGAGCUCUGCUCCAAGUACACCUCCCACGACGAGGCAUUCCAGGCCGAGGGCGGCCGGCCCCGUGGCCAGCCUGUCAACCGGAGCCGCUCGGUGCCGGAGAACAUGGUGGAGCCCCCUCUGGCGGGCAAGGUGGGCCGCUGCUGCAGCGUGGGCGCCAAGAGGGGCCGGGCAGACCCAGAGGCCACCCAGCCCCAGCCCCCUGGGGGAUUGCCCCAAAGCAGGCCGGUCGGAGAGGAAGCCCUGUAUGUCACCGCGGACCUCACCCUGGAGAACAACGGGCGGGUGAUCGUCAUGGAGAAGGGGCCUCUGCCCUGCCCCGCUGCGGGGCUGGAGGAGGGCAGUGGGCAGAGACCAAGCUCACCAGCAGCCGCGGUGGGACAGGGCCUGGAUUUCCAGGAGUCUGGGAUUUCCAGGAGUCCGGAGUAUUGGCCAAAGGAAGAGGGUCCCAGGGACCCAGUGGACCCAGGCCAGCAGGGCAGAGUGAGAAACCUGAGGGAGAAAUUCCAGGCCUUGAACUCCGUAGGGUGACUCUGAGUCCAAGGAGAGGGAGGAGCCAUGUGGCUGCGGGGGGGACGGAGAGGGACCACGGCAGGCUUGCCCUCAGGCCUGGCUCACUCUGCUCACAAGGGCCCCUGGAAGAAUGCUCUGGUGUACCCGGCAAGUGUCUUCACCGGGAACCGGCUGGCGCACCUCUGGGCUCGGGGCGAUUUUCCACGGGCCCAGUUGAGCCUUUCUUCCCACCGAGGCCAGUGUGACCACUUCCCUUGUAUAUAGUUCUUCGGUGAGAAGCUGAAUAUUUAAGCUCUUCUCUUCCCAGGGAGAGCAAGUCGUGCUCAGGCCUCCAGUGUUGGGCUGACCACUGCCGGGCUGAGGCGCCCACCCGGAGGAGUCGUGGGGAGGUGGCCUGGGGAGGCUUUCCUCUUUGUGUCUUUCCUUAGGAUCCAGGCAGGAACCAGGCCCAUAAUUUAUUGCUUCCCAUCCCGCGGUAUAUUUGUGUGUGCAGGUGAGAGUUUGUGUGUGUUCUUUUGUUGUGGAUUCCUCUCCCGUGAAGAGUGUAACGCGCUCAGUUCAGGUACUUUUGUAGGUUGUCUUGCUGAUCCUGUGGUUGUCACUAAUGUAUAUACAUUUCAUUAUUUGCCAAUGGUUCAAUAACCACUGCUGACCAAC